GUUCUCUGAUAGCGAGCGAGCGCGAGAGUAUUACAGGACAACCUGGGGUCUGGUGCGCGCGCGUGUCAUCAUACAGAUAUAUAUAUACUUUAUAUACACACAUAUAUGUGUGUGCGUGUUUGAGAUUGAGCGCGCAUCCAGGUGCAGGUUUGUGUCGCGCGCUGCCGUCGGUGAGCCAUGCCGAAGUGAGCGGAGGGAGAUCAGUGAAGCGCGUGCGUGCGGGUGAAUAAAGAUAAUGGGGUCGGUCACAGAGAGUCCGGAGGAGAGCGCGAGCAAACCGGCGGUGAAGUGCGUGUGCCAGAGUCGGUGCGGCGGAGGCGGAGGCGGAAGCUGGAAAGCGUUCGCGGGUCUAUUCGCGCUGUCGCUCGCGCUGCAUCUCGUAACGCUCGCGUGCUACGUGGAGCUGCGCUCCGAGGUCGAGCGCGAGAUCCGGAUCCAGAAGAGUGGCAGCGGCGCCGAGGCUCCUCCGGUCCCCGCGCGAGGAGGAGGAGGAGGAGGAGGAGAAGUGCACGAGCAGAUCAGAGUGGAGAGAGAGGCGGAGGAGAAAAUCAUCCUGCGAUCCAAACGCUCAGAAUCACCUGGAAAUGGAAAGCGGAAGGGAGAGAGGAAGAAAGGUAAAAAAGGCCCACCUGGUGCUCCAGGACCUCCAGGACCACCCGGCCCUCAGGGGCCCCCAGGAAUACCGGGAAUCCCAGGAAUUCCAGGAAGCAACGCAAUGGGGCCACCAGGACCACCGGGACCAGCUGGACCUCCGGGACCUCAGGGACCACCUGGAGCUCAGGGAACACCAGGUGGAGGUGAGAGAAGCAGGUUCAGAGACACACAGCUGGCCGUGGUACACCUACAGGGUCAGGAGACAACCAUCCAGGUGAAAGAAGAUCUCUCUGAAGGCGUCCUGAAGAACUGGAAGACGAUCGCGAUGCACCAGCGUGUCUUUAAGAUGCACUCACGCUCCGGAGAGCUGGAGGUGCUGCAGGAUGGGAUGUACUUCAUCUAUAGUCAGGUAGAAGUGUACUUCCUGAACUUUACGGACAUCGCUAGUUACGAGGUGAUGAUUGAUAAGGAUCCGUUCCUCCGGUGCACACGCAGCAUCGAGACCGGACAGCGCAAGUUUAACACGUGCUACACAGCUGGAGUGUGUUGGCUCCGCGCCAGACAGAGGAUCUCCAUCCGCAUGGUGUACGACGACACCUCCAUCUCCAUGACCAACCACACCACCUUCCUCGGGAGCAUCCGCCUUGGAGAAGCCCCGCCCUCCGGUCACAGCUGAGCCAAUCGGAUUCAGGACAAACCUCUCAAGGGAUAUGCCUGAGCCAGCUCUCAGUUAUCAUACUCAAAAGAUGACUACGCCAAACGGGCUCACAGACUCCGCCCAUAACAAUACGUGAGCCAAUCAGCUUGCAGAUUCUACCUAACAGGUCACCAAACACAGAUGUUUUAAUCAACUCCCGAAUAGAAAAAAAAAUACCAGGCCAAUCAGCUCACUCCACAUUCACCAAAACCACUGACUCCGCCCACCUGCACCAACACACCUGUGUCAAUCAGCUUAAUGACUCCGCCCAGUGAAAACUGUCACUCGGAUUUGAGCUGAUUGAACAGAAGUGAGUGGCUGUCAACUUCGCAAAGGAGACAUACAGAAUGAACACACACAUUCACACCGAAUGAACACACACACACACACACACAAAAUGAACACGCACACAAAAACACACAAAAUGAACGCACACACCAUAGCUACGUCCUGAUUUUGAGUGACAAGCUCCGCCCUUUCUCACUCAGGAUCACCCAAAUCUGUUCAGCCAAUCAGAAACGAGAUCGUAUGACCUCAUCACUGUGCUUUUCAUAACGUUACGUCGCUUGCUAGAGAACUUGGCUAGCUGCAUAACGUCCUUCAGCUACUGAUACGUCGAGCUGAGAUGUGAAAGGCUGGGAGUGAUGUCACAUGAUCAGGGCUGUGAUUGGCUGAUCAUGGUUUGUACUGACCUAGGAUUGGCUGUCACUUGGUGAAGUCAGAAUUUUCUGGCAAACACACACACACACACACACACACACACACACACACACACACACACACAUGAAAUAGAAAUAGUGUAAUGUUAAAUAUUCACUAAUGACAAUUUUAUACAGAAAAGGAUUAGAAUGCAGACAGACUCGCGUAUAAUUACGGCAUCACUUUACACGUUUCUCCUCACAUUAAUAUGAUUUUAUCACUAAUGUUUUUAUUUUAUUUUCUGCUGUGAACAGAAUUAUUGGACCGUGCUCCAGUCCAUUAUCGUGUACAUAAAUGAAACUCUUUCCAACCUCCAGCUCACUGCGUGUGUGUGUGUGUGUGUGUGUGUGUGUGUGUGUGUGUGUGUGUGUGUGGGUGGUGUGACGGUCAUUUUAUGAUGCUUGUAGUGUGUGUUGUGUAACUCAGGAGUGUGUGGUGUGUGUAAAUGUGUGUGUUUAUCGUGUUCAUGUACAUUUGUAUACUACUCAGCGAGUGUAAAUAUGUAGAUACACGAGUUCUCCUUUUGCUCUGUUUCUGUAAAGUUUUGUAUUAAAUAUUUUCUCACACAGA